AUGACGAAGGUUUAUGGCAUCGAUAUUCGACAAGUUGAACACUUUGCAAUAAUAAUCCAUAGUUCAAAUAUCUAUGUAACUCUUAAAGGAAUAACAUCACUUAUUGCUAUAAUAUUGCUAAUACUUCCAAAUUACAUAGUCAUUUUCUAUUAUGGUUAUCAAUUAUGGAAUUCGAUGGAUGAAAAUGUGAAAUUCAUUUCACAGCACACGAAAAAUAUUCAAAAACAAUUCAUUCGCGCACUAUAUUUUCAAAUAAUCAUACCUUCCGUUAUAUUAUUCAUACCAGUUUUAGUGAUUCAUACUUUACCAUUUUUGAAUUUGGAUAUAAGUAUUUCCACGAUUAUUUUUAUAAAUGCUCUUGGUUUUUAUCCAGCUAUUGAUGCAUUUGUAGUUCUGGUUCUUAUUAAAGAAUUUCGAAUUGGCGCGAAACGUGAGUUAGAUUUCCUGGAUUUAAGUAUGUACUAUUUAUUUGAUAUUUUCAGAUGUUUUCACAUCAUUUUUAUUGCAUUGUGGACAAGAGUCUUGA